UAUUAGCUUCACUAAUUUUGAUUCUUUUAUCUCCAUUCCAUCACACACUCUAAAUAAACUCAUACUGAUUCCGAUUCAAUUUCUCAACUCCAAUUCUUGGUUUGAUGGGCUAUAGCUGUUCUUCAACCCAAACAAAUUUUUCUCUUCACAUACCAUCUCCGGCGAAGUCUAUUCACUUCCCGCAUCUUGCUCCUUCACAUAUUACCUUAAAUUUCGCCAAUCGGAGAAAAGCGCCGCCUCCUCCGACGGCGUUGUUUGUGGUGGCUAGAGCAGGUUUUAGUCACUGUGAACCUAGCAGUAGUAGUAGCAGUAGCUUGAAUACGCCGCUGGAGCCGUGCUCGGCGGCGGGGAAGUUUUUGAGUAGCGUGUUUCAGAAUCAGAGAGAGUUAUUUGAUGUAGCAGUUGCUGAGGAGUUGAAGUUGUUGGCGGAUGAUCGAAACGGUGCCGUUUCUCGUAUGUUACUUAGCUCUCGCUCUGAUGAAGCCUUCCUUCAUAGGAGAAUUGCUCAACUGAAAGAACAGGAGUGCCAAAUAGCAGUGGAGGAUGUUAUGUACCUGUUAAUAUUUUCCAAAUUCUCCGAGAUUAAAGUUCCUCUGGUUCCAAAGCUCUCUAGAUGCAUUUACAACAGCAGACUUGAGAUAGGACCUUCAAAGGACUGGGAGCUGGAGUCUAUACAUAGCUGUGAGGUUUUAGAGAUGAUAAGGGAACAUGUCUGUACCGUAAUUGGUUUAAGAGCAAAUUGUAGUGUCACAGACAGCUGGGCGACGACUGAGAUCCAACGACUCCAGCUUGGUCGUGUGUAUGCAGCCUCAAUGUUGUACGGUUACUUCUUGAAGUCAGCCUCCUCGAGGCAUUAUCUGGAUACAUGUCUAGCUGAGCUAUGCGAUGAUGUUCAUCUCAGUUGUAGAACUGACCGUCAGUAUGCAGAGUCAUUAUCUCAGGGACCAACAAAUCACGUGUUUGGUGGCGUAAGCAAUAUGCAAUCCGCUUCGACUGGUCUAGGGUCAAAUAACCAGGUCCGGAAAUGUGAAAAUCUGAGAUGCUAUGUGAUGGGGUUUGAUGCUGAAACAUUGAAGAGGUGUGCAAAACUAAAAUCCAAAGAAGCUAAACAUCUGAUUGGGAAGCAUACUCGUGCGCUUUUUGGGGAUGACGAGACUGGUUUGCUGGAAGAUGAUGAGGUUAUUUUGACAUCUUUUUCUAGCCUUAAGAGAUUAGUUUUAGAAGCAGUUGCUUUCGGUUCUUUCCUCUGGGACGCAGAAGAUUACGUCGACUCUGUUUUCAAGCUUAGUGAACAUGAAUAGGGGAUAGACAUUUGACAAGAAAGACAUUGCAAUUGAGUUCCACUCAUCUGUACAUAUGAGUAUGAGUUUUCUUUUUCAUAGUUCAUUGUAUAAAAUACAGUUAAACCAAGUAAUAUAUACAGCCUCUGAAGUGUUAGUGUGAA